AGACAGCCGAGAGUCGAGGGCACGGCAAAUCAGCAAAGUAUGGAAGUAGAAUCCAACAAGAUCAAGGGGAGCGGUAAUAACUAUAAUUGUCAACGUCGGGUUGGGUUAAUCUACGAUGAGAGAAUGUGUAGCCAUUGCGCCCCUGAUGGCGAACCUCACCCCGAGAAUCCCAAUCGCAUCAAAGCAAUUUGGAAUAAACUCCAAAACUCUAACAUUUCUCAGAGAUGCGUGAUGUUAAAUGCCAAAGCAGUUGAGGAUAAACUUAUACAGGCUGUUCAUUCCAAGAACCAUAAUAAUUUGAUUAGGAAUAUAAGCUCAAAAGUGUAUGCUUCACGAAGAAAUAGAAUAGCAUCAAAAUUGAAUUCCAUAUAUUUCAAUGAAGGAUCAUCUGAGGCUGCUUACCUUGCUGCUGGCUCGGUUGUUGAGGCUGCAGAAAAAGUGGCCAAAGGAGAACUGGAUUCUGCUUUUGCCAUUGUUAGACCUCCUGGACAUCAUGCUGAAGAAAAUGAAGCAAUGGGAUUUUGUCUAUUUAACAAUGUUGCCAUAGCAACGAGUUUUCUCCUAAAUGAAAGGCCAGAACUUGGUAUAAAGAAAAUUUUGAUUGUUGAUUGGGAUGUUCAUCAUGGCAAUGGUACUCAAAAAACAUUCUGGCAGGAUCCUCGCGUUCUAUUCUUCUCUGUUCAUAGGCACGAGUUUGGGAGCUUUUACCCAGCUAAUGAUGAUGGGUUUUAUACUAUGAUUGGAGAAGGACCGGGUUCAGGAUAUAAUAUAAAUGUUCCUUGGGAAAAUGGAAGAUGUGGUGAUGCAGAUUAUCUGGCAGUUUGGGACCAUAUAUUGGUUCCUGUUGUGGAGGAAUUUAAUCCUGACAUGAUUAUCAUAUCUGCAGGAUUUGAUGCAGCGGUGGGUGAUCCUUUGGGUGGUUGUCGAGUAACACCAUAUGGGUACUCGGUUAUGUUGAAGAAGUUAAUGGACUUUGCACAAGGUAAGAUUGUAUUAGCAUUAGAAGGAGGGUACAAUCUCGAGUCUAUAGCAAAUUCUUCCCUGGCAUGUGUGGAAGUUUUGCUUGAAAACAAACCUAUCAGAGGAUCUUCUGAGGCCUAUCCGUUUGAGUCUACGUGGCGAGUAAUUCAAGAGGUCCGCCAGAAAUUGGGUGUUUUCUGGCCUUCACUUGCAGAUGAGUUACCAACUAAGUUGACUAAUCAAAACGCUCCCCAUCAGAUUCUAAUCUCGAGCUCCGAUUCCAAAUCUGAGGAUGAAGGGGCAAAACUUUUUGUAUCAGCUGACUUGGUUUCAGCUGUUGAAGAUGUUGUUACAUCCCUUUCAAAUCUAAAAGUUGAAGACCAAACUGCUAGCACUUUUGUCCCCUGGAGAUCUGAUGUUUCCAAGAUUGACAUUUGGUAUGCCACUUAUGGAUCUAAUAUGUCGAGGUCAAGACUCCUCUGCUAUAUUGAAGGUGGAAAGGUGGAGGGCAUGAAAAAGCCAUGUUCUGGUUCAAUGGAUGGACAUCCCCCUAAAGAGAUUCUGUGGAGAACUUUCUCUCACCGUUUAUUGUUUGGCCGAGAAUCUACACAUACUUGGGGUCCUGGAGGAAUUGCUUUCCUUCAUCCUAAACGUGACAACCAGUGCAAAACUCACAUGUGCCUAUACAGAAUUACGCUAGAGCAAUUCAAUGAUAUUCUACUCCAGGAAAAUGUUUCAAAUUAUGACAUGAGCUCUCCUUUGUUUGAUGUGGAUGCUUUGAAUUCCAUAUCUAAUAAAGGAUCCAUAUCUGUGGAAGCUGUCAAGGAGGGGUGGUACCACAAUGUCCUUUACUUGGGAAAGGAGCGCGAGAUGCCAAUUCUGACAAUGACGUGUCCUCUCUCAGUUAUUGAAAGCUUCAAAUCAGGAGAGCUGCCAUUGCGGCCUCCUUGCAAGGAAUAUGCAAACAUCUUAGUAAAAGGUCUGGUAGAAGGUAACCAGCUUACAGAAGAGGUGGCCAAGGCUUACAUAGAGGAGGCAGCUACAGAACCAUUCUGAUUGCAACCUUUCAUCCCUUGCUCAUUUUUCUAUAGAUCUCUCAAGUAAUAGUCUUGAUUGUAUGGAAUCCGGGAAAAGGCAAUUAUUGCUUCCACAGACAAUGCAGGAUCUCUGUGUCCUGAAACUUCAUUUCCUUGUAUAUUUAUCAUUUCGACUCUGUAAUGUUACUAUUAACUUGCUAGAACCUUUGCGUUCUGAAGAAAAUCAUCCAUGCGGUUUUCUUAUGUUUUAUCACUAUAUGCAGGGUUAAUUUAACAAAUCAUUUAUUAACUU